AACCAGAAGUUUGUCUGAGCGCUGUUCCACGUUCAGGUCAUUGGUUUAUUGCAGUUCAGCCUACCUGCUGCUGAGAGAGUUUUUGUACCUUGUUUUUUUUUUCAAUCUGAGAUUAAAUUUUAGAUUUCUCCAGGCUGUUUAACUGCUUGGUCGGAAUGUGAAUCUUAAAGUCCGUAAGAUUGACUACAGUUCAUGUACUGUUUGAGGAGACGUUGGCAGGCUUUGAGGAUACGUAUGUGCUAUAAUAUGAGCGGUCCAAUUCUCUUUGAUAUAAAUAAUGUUACUUACGUAGAGCGACAGAAUUGGGUGGACAUUAGGACCAAGGGGAGACUGGGCUUACGGGACGAGGGACAGUGGAGUGUGUGUCCAUUUGAAACCCACAAAAAAGAAGAAAAACACAAUCGCACACAAUACAAUGUGUGACAGUCACUGCCAUACACAGGACCGGAAUGAGAGUGCUACUGGAGGAUGGGGAGAAAAGAGAGAGAGAGAGAGGAAGCAUCAUUUAUCAUGAAAGGUCCACAUGGAAUCCAUAUUUCUUUCACUAAAUGUAUACGCAUAAAGCUGUCUGCGUUAACUGGACCUGACGAUAUGGAUAUACAAUUGGAGGAUUGACUAUUUUUUCUAUUUUUUUAAAUUUUAAUAAAACAACUGUUCAGGCCUACUCUUUCCAAAUACAUGUGAGAUAUGUGGAGCUUUGUAAAGUCAAACACCUGGUUAACCUGUUUGUUCUGAACUUACAUAAACACAGAGCAUCAUGGGGCAUCUACAAAUGAAGGCAUCUGAAAUGGAGGAUUUUGUAUGAAGAAUGGCAGAUAGGACUGUUCCCAUGAUAGCCUCUGUGUCAAAUCCCUCACCAACUAAUCUCACCGCGUCCCUAUGGGAGCCCAAUCCUACAGUCCCUGCCGACGUGGGCGUUGUCACAAGCUCGCAGUCUCAGAUCAAAGACCUUUUUGGGUUGUUCUGCAUGGUGACCCUUAACCUCAUUGCUCUGUUGGCCAACACUGGUGUGAUGGUGGCCAUUGCUCGUGCGCCUCACCUGAAGAGGUUUGCUUUCGUGUGCCACCUUUGUGCCGUGGACCUGCUGUGUGCCAUCCUCCUCAUGCCUUUGGGCAUCAUAUCCAGCUCAGCGUUUUUUGGCACUGUUGUUUUUACUAUUCUGGAGUGCCAGGUUUAUAUUUUUCUCAAUGUUUUCCUCAUUUGUCUCUCAAUUCUAACCAUCACGGCCAUCAGUGUGGAGCGUUACUUCUACAUCGUACACCCCAUGCGCUAUGAGGUCAAGAUGACCAUCAACCUCGCUAUUGGUGUCAUGCUCCUAAUCUGGGUCAAGUCAGUCCUCUUAGCUUUGAUUACCCUGUUUGGAUGGCCAGCUUAUGGACACCACAGCUCUAUUGCUGCGGCUCACUGCUCUCUUCAUGCCAGCCACAGCCGCUUAAGAAGUGUGUUUGCUGUUUUCUUCAGCGUUAUUUGUUUCUUGGUUCCUGCAGUGGUUAUCUUUGUUGUUUACUGUUCCGUGUACAAAGUCGCUCGUUCUGCAGCCCUGCAGCAUGUGCCUCCAGUGCCAACGUGGGCAAAUGCAAGCCUUGCUAAGAACCGCUCGGACUCCAUCAACAGCGAGACCACCAUGAUCAGCACCACCCGUACUCUGCCUCAAAGGCUGUCUCCAGAAAGGGCCUUUAGUGGAGGAAAGGCUGCACUUACCUUGAUAUUAAUUGUGGGUCAGUUCUUUGUUUGUUGGUUGCCCUACUUCAUCUUCCACCUGCAGAUGUCCCUGACUGGCUCCAUGCACAGCCCUGGGGACUUAGAGGAGGCCGUCACCUGGCUGGCCUACUCCUCCUUUGCAGUUAACCCGUUCUUCUACGGGUUGUUGAACAGGCAGAUCAGAGAAGAACUGGUCAAGUUCCGGCGCUGCUGCUUGACCCAGCCGGCGGAGUUUGGGACAUCCAGCCAUGAGGGCUCCCUUCAGGAGAACUUCCUUCAGUUCAUCCAGAGAAACAGCAGCUCAGCUGAAACCACAUCCGGAACUGCAAAAUCCCAUCACAGAAACACUGUGGAUCCGAGCAAUAAGCUCCCUGGACAAAUACCCGAGGACCGCCCAUAGGCAUUGACCAACAGGACUUGUUGACCAGAGUGCUAAAAUGUAGACCAUACAAGUUUUUAUGUAAGACAACCAUUUCUUCCCAAAAUAAUAGGUUGACAUGACAACGUGACUUUUUUCAAAGAAUUCUAACAUGCCUAUUAGUACAUUUAAAUUGUUAUUGGUCACUUAAACAAUUUAUCCUAUCAAGACUGGCUAUAAAGGGAUUCCUUAUUUUAUUGAGAGGACACAAUCUUUGUUUUGUGCAAAUAGAAACAAUCAAAACACUGGAUUUGGAUAAUUCAUACUUUUGUUUUUGUUGUUUCUAUUGCAAGAAACAUUGAGUGUGAAUUUUGUCUACCACCAUUUACUGCUUUAAGGGACCCCUCUGUUGCCAGUGGGGACAGCCGAUACAAUUACAACCAAUAAUUUGUUCAAAGAACGUUUUUGGCAGUGUGGGCUGGUGCCAAGUCCUGCUGGAAAGUCAGCAUCUCCAUAAAGCUUGUCUGCUGAAGGAAGCAUGAAGUGCUCUAAAAUGUCCUGGUAGACGGUUAAGUUGAAUUACUGAAAUAAAUGAACUUUUGCACGAUAUUCUAAUUUUUCGAGUUUCACCUGUACUUCUUGCCCAUUAUAAUGCCCGAUGACUGCUGAGAAUUUUAUGUUGAGUUGCUAUCGUUGUAACGUAACAAGAAAUUGAAAUAAUAAUGGAUGGCCCUGUGUGCAUUUAUACUACCUUUAUUGAUUUUAAUGUCAAAGAAAAUGUAAGGUCUGUCAACACUAAAAGAUCACAAAGGAUAUUUUAAUGUAAUAUUAGUGUAAUUCUAUGUAAAUAGGAACAAUUUGCAUUUUACAAAAACCUAAACUGGUUACACUGUUUUCUAUUUUGCACUUCAAUAGCUAUGUAUAUUCAAAUGUUACAUUUGUGACUGAAUUUUCUUUAGUAUUGGGGGUAAAUGUAGCAGUGCAGUUGAAUAACUAACACAGGGAAACGCGAGGGACAAUAACACAGAGUGUGCAACAGAUGUGCUGAUAGACGGUGAAUGUCAUCUGCCACUGUCGUCAUGGAAAUGGAGUGAGUCUGUGACUCACAUAGCAGAAAGCACUUUAAGACUAGAUAUUUGCUGUCACUUUAAAUUCAACUGAUCUACUAAUUCUGCCUGUUUGUACACACACAAUGAUUAAGAUGUCAAUUAAGUGAAUAGAGGAUGAAGUGAAGGUACAAAAAUGGACUGAAAUAAUGGUGGCACGGAUAGUAAGGCAGAGACAGUGAAUUUACAAAGCAAAUCACUAUUGAGCAUUGAUGAUGCUUUUUUAUGGCCUUUGCUGUGUUUCACAAACAGUGGCCGGGGCAAAUAAAGCAUAGAGUGAUCGAGGCACGUAACUGCAAACACCAUUUUGCUGUAUGGCUGUAACUAACAGGAGCAUACACCACUCUUAGAUAACUGCGAUUGUGUUCUUAAUACUUGUGAUGUAUACUGCACUCGCUCUCUCACCGGGAUAUGUAGACAUGACACAGCAACAUCCUGUGAGACUUUUUCUUAUCAAUUCAUAUGUUUGUUUCUCUCUUUGUCUCCUGUCAUUCAGAUUUUUUUUUUCCCCAUGAAUGUCUAGCCAUUAAACAAUGAUACCAGCAGGCAAUUUUGACAUUAUUCAUCCACAUUUCAAAAGUGCACACUGAGAUUUGAAUUCAAUGAGGGGAUAGUGCAAGCGGGGAUUGUGAGAGAACGGCCUUUGUAUUGACAGAGUGAAAAUUGUGUUUUAAAUGUGUAGGGUUCCCUUAAUUCUUGCAACAUUGGAAAAAAAGAAAACCAAUACUUGUAUACUUAUAUGACCAUGAGUGAAAAACAGAUGCUGAUAUUUUCCUCUUCUUCUUUACUAAAAAACAACCAAGCAUGGCCAACAGAGUGCGCUACACACCAGCAAAUUCUCUUUCUCCCUUUUACAGGGAGUAGUAGUUUAAACAUUUUAAAUACGAAAAGUUCUAAAUGUUAACAAACAGUGACAUGGCUUAUGUGCUCUUUGAUAAGUGUCCGGUCAUUGUCUUUUCAAUAUGGAUGAGGACUGAAUGCAUAUUGGAUGUUUUUUGCCAGGUGGAUGCACUUGGUCAAUAUUGUUGCUCAUUUCAACCUGUUGAUGAAACAUUUUGUAGAGUUAUUUCACUUUUAAAAAGAGAUCUAUUUUGUUUUCUUUCUGUACUAUUUGUAUUGUUAUGCACUGAGGUGUGAGGUUCUUGCUAAGAGGUAAAAGGUCAACACUUUUAGGUAAUCAGGAAGGGCAGAUGUUAGGUGAAACCAUUUUCACAUUGUUAUGUGGCUGCAUAGUAAGGGUAAGCGUUACUAAUAAUCACUACAAAACACGCUUGAAAAACCAGCGGACCUUCAGUACAGUUCUUAAAGUAGUAUGCAGUACAUCGAACUACAAGGUUUGUUUGUGUCUAUGGGCUUUGUAUAUCUGGAAAACCGUUAAUCUGAUCUACUUCCCACUUGAAGGAUGUAUGGCCGGAAACCCAAGGACAUGGAAUGUGCAAUGUGGUGCAACCUGGAAUCGCAGUACGGUCAAUAUUAAUAAACUUGAAUUAACAGGCAAACAGCAAUCUGUGCAGAACCUAGGGAUGGAGCCUCAAGGGUCGAUGCAAUAAAUCAUGGAUGUAGUACGUGUGAAAGCCCACGGCAGCUAAUUGAAAGCAGUUUACUUAGCUACAUUUAAUGCUGGAUUAAUUAAUGUUGGAUGGAUGCACUAUCCAAACUAUUUUUCAGCAGCAGAAGCUAAGAGUAAACCCACUACUUUAUUCCACGCCAGAUUUGUGUAACAAAUGUGAUU